GCGCCCUCCGCGCCCCAGCCCCACCACGCGCCGCUAGACAUGGGCGCCGCGCUCUCUCACCCGCAGGACGGCGAGGCGUGCGACGGUGCUGUUGUGGUCGUGGAGCCCCCCACCAUGGCCGAUGUCAUACGGGAACGCAAGAAGAAGGCAGGUGGGGCCGGGUUGGGCACGCUGCGGCGCCGGCUCGCCGCGGCCGCGCGGAGGCCCAGAGACGCUCGUCCUGAUAGAGGUACAGGCUGCGAGCACGCCCGCUUCAUCCGCGGCGUGGUGGCGUCGUGGCGGCUGGCCGAGGUGCGCGUGCUGUGCGAGGAGCUGGAGGCGGGCGCGGCGCUGCGCGACCUGGCCACGCAGGCCGAGCUGGCGCGCGAGCCCGCGCCGCGGCUGCACGCCGACCUGGCCAAAGCCAUGCGGGACAGGCGCUGGUACGACGUGGAGCUGGUGGGGUCCGGCUGGUCGGUGCGAGCUCAUCGCGCCGUGCUGGCCUCGCGCUGCUCCUACUUCCGCGACCUGCUGGCUAAAUACCCCAGUGGUUCAGUAACGGUCGCCCUGGAUGGAGUUGGGGCCAACCUGUCGCGCGAGGAGAUGGAGCUGGUGCUGGUGGCGCUGUACGCAGGAGCCAGCAAUAUCUGCAAGCCGCACCAUCAUGACUUUUACCAAUGGGGCGGCCUAGGUUCAGACAACGACCUGGACAUCAUCAACGUGGACAACACCGGAACAUGUCGACAGACGUCAUCAAUAUGCGGGUGCGGUGUCCGUCGCGAUAGCAAUCUCAUACGACGCCUCUCAGCCACAUUGGGCUUCUCACUGGACACGCUACAUAGAGAUAUGAAAUAUUUGCUUGACUCAGGCGAGCACGCAGACGCGAAGUUGGUGUUUCGACAGGAGGGAGGGUCGUUCGGGUUUCGGUUCAACACUGAGAUGCGGUGCCACAGAGUAAUUCUGGCAGCGCGAUCUAGGUUCUUCAGAAGUGUGAUGGUGCGGCGUGUGCGCAGCGUAUGCGAAAACGGAAGAGCCGAUACUGGCACAGUCUGUGUUGACGAGAAGGUGCUGCCGCAGAGGUUCGCCAGAGCACUGCUGCACGCUGCUUAUACCGACCAGGUGGACCUGUCUUUAAUAGGCAGGAAUUCGCCAUCGCCGUCGUCAACGAACAGCACGGCCAGCAGUAAUGUGGCGUGGGCGGGCGCGGCGCGCGGCGGUGCUCUGGGCGGCGGCGGGGGUCCGGGCGGGGGCGGAGGCUCUCUGCAACGCGGCUCCUCGCAUCCAGCCCUCGAGGACGCCUUCCAGCUCUACGAGAUCGCCAGGUUUCUAGAAAUGCCAAUAGUAGUGCAAGGCUGUGAGGACGCGAUUGUCGAAGCUCUUUCACCAGAAACACUGCCUCUCGUGUUACGCUGGGCGGCCAACACUCAUGCCAGUCAAUGGGUGCAUAGGCAGGCCAUGCGCUACCUGCGCGACGAGUUCCCGCUGGCGAUGGCGGCGCCGGCGGCGGCGCGGCUGCCGCUGGCGGCGCUGGGCGCGGCGCUGGCGUCGCCCUUCCUGCAGGCCAGCGAGGCGCAGGCGCUGCGCGCGCUGCUGCGCUGGGGCGAGCGCGCGGCGCAGGCGCAGGCGCGGCCCGAGCGCGAGCCCAACGUCGUGUGGCACACGCACCGCGCGCAGCGCCGCCGCGACGUGUCCGACGCCGCGCUGCGCGAGCUGCUGGCGCCGCUGCUGCCGCUGCUGCGCACCGAGCACCUGCCGCCCGACCACGACCAGCUGCAGCAGGCGAUCCGACGAGGCAUCCUGCCCCAACCCCCACCGCAACUCGCCGAAGAAGGCUCCGCGGCCGACGCGUGGCUCGGCAGGGGGUCUUACAGGCCCCCGCGGUGUUUUUUGCCUUAUUUAGACGAGAUCAAGGCGCUGCUGGAGCACCAGGCGGUGCCCGAGGCGGAGGUGGCGCUGGCGCGGCGCACGCGCUACGUGCACCGCAUCCCCGACACGCUGUACAUGGUGGCGGAGGCGCGCGGCGCGGGCGCGGGCGCGGCGGCGGGCGCCGCCAGCCUCGAGGGCGCCUGGUCGCGGGCACAGCGCGCGGCGCAGCAGCACGCCGAGCGGGCCUUGCAACAGCGGAACUCGCAACAGCUUGCCCUGAUGAACUGCGCGCGGCCUAGACCGGACGAGGACGAAUUCAUAGCCGCCAUCGAACUUUCCGUCAUAAGAGCCUACUCGUCGUACCAACCCAACGCGAACCCAACCCUGGCUAACUCGAGCUUGGCUGCGGCGUCGUCGUCCGCGGGGGGCGCGGGGGUGGGGGGAGUGGGGAGGUGCCGUGCGCCGCAGCUGGCGCACACGGCCACGUUGCCGCAUUGCUUCAGGUCGGACCUGACGCCCUUCGCCAACAGCGUGCUCCGGCGCGCGACGCCCAGCCCGUCCAGCCUGUCGGCGUCGUCCAGCGCGCACCUGUCGGGCGCGGCGGGGGGCGCGGGGGGCUCGGCGGGGGCGGCCCGCCACGCGCCCGACCACGCCCCGCAUCUGCACAACCACCACCUCGCAGCUCGCCGCGUGAGCAGCGCGGAGGGCCGGCCCGGCAGCCACAGCCACAGCCGCAGCCCCAGCCCCAGCCCCGGCGCCAGCCCCCGGCGCCAGCGGCGGGACUACCCCGUCUACAGGCACCACGACUUCAGGCCGGAGGCGUACGGGGGCGGCGGCGGUGGCAGUCGCGGCCACAGCCCAAGCAACUAUGCGUGAGGACACACCGCUCCGCCGGGGUAUAACGCCGACACACGCUUGCCCAGAUAAUGGACCAUUACAUACGUCCUUUUCAACAAUCUUGUAAGGUGAACGACCGCAUGAUUAUUCGUCAGCAUUCAACCAAUAACUGAGCUUACAGGUGGAGCUUCAACUGUCAAAUCCUUUAAAUUUUCAAAACUUUUCUUAAAUGUCAUAAAUUUAGAGAAAGCUCCAGGUCCAAAUGCAGGACGAAACGGCCUAACCUUGGUAAUAAACAUCGACAAGGUUUUUGUCACUCUCAAGGUGAAUGAUGCAUCGUCUUCGGGCGAGAUUCACGGUUUGACCUUCUCUAAGGAGUCGAUCUUGUCAUCGUAACCCAUAAAAGUAUUACAGCUCGGUGUUUAGAACUCAAACAAACGUUGUCAAAGUUAGAUUCCACCUGGAUCAAAAAUAUCCAAUGUGGCGUAUCCAAGAUGGCCGUCGUACAAAAUCAAAAUAUAUAGAUCUGCGCAACUAUUAAUUAUGGGCGAGUUUCUUCUGUGGUAUUUAUGGCAACGAGUGUAGUGUGUUUGAUGUUUUCUGGAUUUGGAAUUUCACGUUAUAACCACAGUAUAAUGAGUUAAGGAGGUUGUAAGUAAUUUGAAAUUUAUCAUGAGCUUUUAAGUGAAGGUGGUAGGUCGAAGAAGGUUCAUGACCCUCGGAUAACGUGCGAAGUCCCCAUCCUGAGACCCGUGCCCAGCAGUU